AUCAGUGACUUCCUGUCUUAUCCAAUAAGUGGUGGCAAAAGCUGUUGAAUGCAUUACAUGGAUGGAUGUGAAUGGUGGUGCAUAUCAAAAUGGAUGUAAAGUUUGAAAAACCUAACCCCCUCAAACGUUUAGAUAUGGCUUGGCGCGGGCUUGGACCUUAUCGAUACGAAAAGGAGGGGCAUAUCGAGGACGGCGCUGGAAGAGAACGAGAAACUUCAUGGAACAACGAGUAAAACUAGGAGAGGAUGGAAACAGAACCAAACAACAACAACAACAAUGGAAUAAGAAAUAUACCAAGCAGCAACUAUGGAGCACAAACAUAUCGUAUCAUAAUUAUCGUAUCAUUCUGCUUGCAGCGGCGGCAGAGGACUCCUCUCUUAUCUGUCCUCUUCCUCGGGACUCCUGGGGGCGAUUUCACUCGUUCACAUUUUGCUAUGCCAGCCAACCGGAUUGGCGCCCGCCCCUUUCGCCCUGUCAGUGCUGCUGAGUUAGGAUGGUUUAUGCAGCCUGGCCUGUUUGAAGUUGCCACCACAAUAAAAACAAUGAUGAACCCGUACAGGAGUUGAUUGGUUGGUUUGGUCGUUGAUGUGAACAAUGUCUUUGUUCCAUUAGAUUAGAGGGAAAAAGGCCGAGAAUUUGCCCAUUUGCAGUCUUGAAUUUUUGUUACUUUUCUGUCUCAUUUUCAUUUUCAUUUUUAUUUUAUAUUUCUUUGAGGGUGUUCAAAAACUCAGCAUGAUGAUACCUCCCUCACUGCUCAAAUAGCCCCACCAUGCUCAGUAGGUUCAAAUGAUGUGAUACAAACGGGCAAAAAUCUAGCUCUUUAACACCUGGUAGAGGCCGCUCAAAUUUCAAGCAUAAUGGUACGCUGGGGAAGGUUGGUUUUGCAAACAGCGCCAGCAGGGGGUGAGUUUCUUAAUAAUAAAGAGCCAGCAAAUCAUCCAGCGAGGUGGGGGGCGGACGGAAGACAAGACAAGUGGCCAGGGAUGAAAAUGGAUGAAAAUGGAUGGAGAAACCCUUUCCCCUCUGAGGGCUCGCACUCCACUCCAAGUCUCCAGCACGCCUCCAUCCAGGGCUCUCGCAGACUACUCGCGCCCACAUGCGAUGCAGAUGACCAGUGCCGUGCGCCAAUCACCCACUUGGCCCCUCCGCCAGUGACGAUGUAUGGAGGAGGCUAGGUACUUGUACAGACGAGGCACCAUCCAUUUAUUAGUAUAUUGUUGCCUCACUCGCUCGCCUCCCGGGUUUUGGCGUGCGUGUCAGUCAGUCAGUCAGUCAGUCAGUCAGUCAGUGAGUGAGUAAGUCAGUCAGUCGGGAGGUAGAUUCUUUCGGAAGUCCGAAUCGAAUGUUCAAGAAAGAGGGCACGAGAACGAGAACGCGCUGGGAUAUUCUAGGAUGUCGCUAUUGGACGGGUAUUGUAAAGACUUUCAGGGCUCCGGAUGAUGUAGUUAUUCCCCCCACCAGAGCCAAAUAAGGUUAGGUGGGGAGGAGGGUAUUUAUCUACCUACCUGCUAUAGCCUGUGCUAUGUGUAGAAUAAUGAACGAGUUCAAAAGGUUCAAUUAAAAGUUUGUUCACCAACUUCCAACUUUCGAUGGAGUUUUAGUAGUUAUCCCCUGUUGUAGAUGACAGAUAUUGUCGUUACACGGAUUGCCAUACAUCGCGUUGGUAGAUAUGUACAUGUACAGUAUAGUAGACCAAGGAAGAAAGGAAGACAGAAAGACAGGAAGCGCACCCGCUGGCUCGCUAAGGGAUAAUAGAUAGACCCUUAUGGGCAUGAAGUACCUGUACGGUACGUGUACGUCAGAUCACAACUUUGCCGAGACAUUAUUAAAUAUUAUUAUUUCCGUCCAGUCUGUUCUAGUCUGACUCUCUGGUCUGUCUGUCCCCUCAGCGCUCACCCCAUCCCAUCGUUUAUCGUUUAUCCACAAUUUCCUUGCCCCCUAGAUGGUGGGACUAAGGACCCUGGAAUGUCGCACUUUGCACUUUCUGUCGUCAUUUUUCCAUCGGCCCAACCCACCUAGUUCCUAGUUAGAAGAAGUAAUCUUCCUUGUCACGCAUCAGAAACACCGGCUCUCAUCUCACAAAUAAUAGAUCGCGCUGUGUUUUGUGUAUGUGUUGCGUGUGUUUGCGUUGAGUGUGUCCUGAUGGAAACAAGGGAAGUCUCUCUAUUCUAUUCUAGUUAUUUUUCGCCUUCAUCCAACCAAAUUUAAUAGCAAGCACAGGAGUUAGUUAACUAUAAGUGAUGUCUCUUAAAAAGACCCGUACAAUGCCAUUCACUCACUCCAUCGCUCUUUAUGAUUGGAGGUUACCUGAACCUAGCCAUGAGAAAGAAGAGAAGUGAUGCGGAAGAAAGAUGGACCCCCCCCC